GCACGAACCCGUGUCCCCUGCAUCGGCAGGCGGACUCUCAACCACUGCGCCACCAGGGAAGCCCUGCAUGAUACUUUUAAACUGACUCUCUACUUGCAUCUUUUUCUUCAUGUACAAUUUUACCAGUUUCCUGUGUCUCUGGUGGUCUGCCUAAACCUACAAAUAUAACCUUCUUAUCUAUAAACAUGAAGAAUACCCUACAGUGGAACCCACCACAGGGCCUACAAGGAGUGGAAGUUACUUAUUCUGUGCAGUAUUUCAUCAGAUAUGGGCAAAAGAAAUGGCUGAAUAAAUCCGAAUGCAGAAAUAUCAGUAGGACCUACUGUGAUCUCUCUGCUGAAACUUCUGACUACGAACGUCAAUAUUAUGCCAAAGCUAAGGCCAUCUGGGGAACGAAUUGUUCUAAAUGGGCAGAAACUGGACGAUUCUAUCCUCUUUUAGAAACACAAAUUGGCCCACCAGAGGUUGCUUUGACUACUGAUGAGAAAUCCAUAUCUAUUGUUCUGACGGCUCCAAAGAAGUGGAAGAAAAACCCAGAAGAAAGCUCUAUUUCCCUGGAACAAAUAUACUCUAAUCUGAAGUAUAAUGUGUCCAUACAUAAUACUAAAUCAAAUAGAACGUGGUCCCAGUGUGUGACGAACCGAACGCUGGUAUUCGGCUGGCUGCAGCCGGACACUCUGUACUGCGUCCUCGUGGAGCCCUUCGUCCCAGGCCCUCCUCGCCUUGUUCAGCCGUCUGAGAAGCAGUGUGUCAGUACUUUGAAAGAUCAAACAUCAACACUGAAGGUUAAAGUCAUCUUCUGCUAUGUUUUGCCCAUAUCUGUUACUGUGUUUAUUUUUUCUGUGAUGUGCUACUCCAUGUACAGAUAUACCUACGUCGGCAAAGAGAAACACCCAGCAAAUCUGAUUUUGAUUUAUGGAAAUGAAUUUGACAAAAGAGUCUUUGUACCUGCUGAAAAAGUUGUGAUUAACUUUAUCACCCUCAAUAUUUUGGAGGAUUCUAAAACUUCUCAUAAGGAUAUAAGUGUAAUGGAAAAAAGCAAUGAUGCAUCAGACCUGAAUGAGCCCAGCAAGGACCAGGAGCCCCAUCAGGAGGAAGUGGAGGUGAAACACCUGGGAUAUGCUUCCCAUGUGGUGGACAUUGUGUAUGACCCUGAGAAAAGCACCCAAGGGACUUCCUUAAGCCAGCAAGAGCCACCCAGCAGGACAAUGCCCACAGAUAAAACAGUCAUCGAAUAUGAAUGUGAUGUAAGAACUAGCGACAUUUCUGUGGGGCCUGGAGAUCAGGAGUUCAAUUUGCAGGAGGAAGUGUCCCUACAAGGAAAGUUAUCUGAGCAACAGGCAACUUUAGCAGACUUGGGUCCACAAACACUACCAUAUUCAUAUACCCCUCAGCUCAGAGACUUGGACCACCUGCCGCAGGGGCAUGUGGGCACAGAGGAGGGGCCAGAGGCAGAACCGUCAACCACACUGGUCGAUUGGGACCCUCGGACUGGCAGGCUGUGUAUACCUUCAUUAUCCAGCUUUGAACAUGACUCAGAGAGAUGUAAGCAUCCUGAGUCUGAGGGACUCGAGGAGGAGGGCCUCUUAUCUAGACUCUACCAGGAUCGGGCUCCAGACAAGACACUGGAGGAACAUGAAGCCUAUCUCAUGCAGUUUAUGGAGGAAUGGGGAUUAUAUGUACAAAUGGAAGACUAACACUCAAACGUCCCUUUGCCAGACCUCUACUGUUACAAAACACGUGAGUGCAAACAGAUAAGUGACCGAAUAAUAAAGUACUGGAGCCAGAAGUUUACUCGGAUUUCCGUGUCAGUGAGAAUUACUUAUUCCUUCUAUUUUCAUAGUGCUUGUUUCAUUCCGCCUCCUGUGGUGGCUGGGUUGUGCGUGUGGGUCUCCCGCACUGAUGGUGGGCGCCCAGAGUGCAGUGGCUGACCCUCUUUGUACCCAGUAAGUAUUCAAAAAUGUUGGCCAACUUGGAUGCAGAACUUAUUCAGGUGGGUGUACUGUGGCCUCUUUAUUUAUGAUUUUCUAACAAGCACUUGUACAAUUAUUUUCUGGGCCCUUACCAAGCGUAUAGCACUGUAAAAAAUACUUCAUGAAGACCAUUCAUUGUAUAAGUGCUACUUUUUUAGAAUUUGGUUUAUUGCCAGAAUGAUGAGAUACUUAAAACAUGCAAAUACCACUAAGUGGGUGGGAAGUGGUCACAUUUAAAGACCUAACCCACUGUUCAAUCAUAAUAAUCCAUGUUCAGAGUGAAUAAAUCAGGCACAGAUCUUGAUGUCAUAUGCUUUGGGCUACUUUAAGUGGCCAUAUUAAUACUUUAGGAGAAGUUCUCGAGUGUAAACAUAAAUUGUUGUUAUUAGUUUAUAGUCAGAAAAUGUCCUCUCACCUUCCCUGGUAGCAUAGUGGUUGGGAAUCCGCCUGCCAAUUCAGGGGACACAGGUUCGAGCCCUGGUCCGGGAAGAUCCCACAUGCCACGGAGCAACUAAGCCCCUGCACCACAACUACUGAGCCUGCGCUCUAGAGCCUGCGAGCCACAACUACUGAAGCUUGUGCGCCUAGAGCCUGUGCUCCGCAACAAGAGAAGCCACCACAAUGAGAGGCCUGCGCACCACAACCAAGAGUAGCCCCUGCUCGCUGCAGCUAGAGAAAGCCCGCACGCAGCAACAAAGACCCAAGGCAGCCAAAAAUAAAUAAAUAAAUAAAUAAAUUUUAAAAUGUGCUCUCAAUAACUAGCAGAGGCUUUUUAGUAAGGA